GCCUGGAUGAUAGGUAAAAACAGCUCAUACAGAUAAUUAUACUGAUACACCUGUUUCUACAAAUCACAGCAUCUCUAGUCAGCUCUAAAAUGAUUUACUUGCAUUGAACUAGCUAGCCAGAUCUAAUAAUCCACAACUCCAACCACACGCACUCUGUCAAUAGUGAGUGUAGGGACUGACCGUCAUAGCAGCUCUCUCUGCCACAGUAGAGUCCCUCCAGGAGACCAGCUAUCAGCAUCAAGACAAGGGAGAUAAUCUAUUGGUCAGUUCUCUUCCCAAUCACCUGGAGAAGUUGUUGAACUAUGGUACGUUCACCUGUAUUAUUAGUGUCAGCUCUUUAAAUAGAGUUCUGUUGGUACAAUUUCUUGAUUUUUUGAGUCCGUUCAGGCCAUUGUCAAAAACUGGCUGAAAAUAAUUAACACAUCAUCUGAAAGGCAUCUCUCUACAUGUAUGUCUGAAAAUGAAUGUGAUUGGACCAACAGAACUAAAGUUUUGACUGUUCGAAGAUACUUCAUUUAAUGCUUGUAAUUAUACGUACAUGUUACAUGUCCUCAUCUUUAAAUCCCUACACAGUAAUACCUCCACAACUUUUGAUGCUAACUGUAUUGUGUUUCAUUUCAUGCAGGAAUCACAAAAUCCUCCAAGGCAAGCCACAUCAUGUGACACGAUUCUUAGCUUUUGCUCAAGUGGGAAAUCCAGACAAAAAGAAAAGAUAGCUGUAUGCAUUCUCUGUCACACCCAUGAGCUCCAUGGACGAGAAAGAGCUGACUCAGCAACCACCCACUGCCACCAACUGUCCCUACACUGAACUAGUCAAAUCUUUGAGGGAGUCUCAAGAGGAGGCUGGGCCUAACUUCUUAUUUGACCAGAGGGCUCUUGAUUCAGCUCAUCGCAAACAGAAGAGACGACAGGACGGAGGACCCCCUGAAAAGAGACGACCCCCUCCCCAGCCCAGGGGGCCGUGCUGGUUCUGUCUGGGGGGCAAGGAGGUGGAGAAACAUCUCGUGGUCUCCAUCGGAGAUCAUACCUACCUGGCUUUAUCCAAGGGUGGGAUGGUACCAGAGCAUGUGCUGGUCCUACCCAUCGGUCACUAUGCAGCCUCCACUGACGCACCACCAGUGAGUUCAUGUGCUGUGUGUACCACUGCUGUGUGUGUAUAGUCAUUGUUUGUAUUGUGGAGAGUAUGUUUCCAUGCGCUGUGUGUACUAUUUAGCAGUCUGUAGUGGUCAGCCUGUAAGCAGGCCACCCUCUAUAAUACAGCCAGGUUAAUGGGUCCCAAAGUCUCCAUAGCAUGUGUUUGGACCUGUGUUAGCAGACCACCUCUUUAGUACAGCCACUGUUGGUCUGCCCACUGUGAGGUUUUGGAGGAGCUUGGAAAGUUUAAGAGUGCUCUGAGGAAGUACUUCAACAGCAAAGAUCAGUUGUGUGUCAUCUUCGAGAGAAACUACAAAUCACAACAUCUUCAACUACAGGUUAUUCCAGUGACCAAGAUUCCCUCUGAUGCUCUGAGACAAGCCUUCAUACAUUAUGGGCGGAGUAUGGGGGUGUGGCUUGAGACUGUGCCCAGGGAAACACCACUCUCAGAGAUUGCAUACACUGGUGUUUCAUAAAUCCUGGCAGAAUUUGAUGAUGGGGGAAAUAUGUUCACAAGACCAUUUUCUCACCAACUCACGCAGACAAACAACCAGAUCACUGAAUAUAGGUUAUAGUAUGUUUCUACUACUUUGAGCUCAUGAGGUAAACAGCACUCUCAAGUGAGUAGCAAAUGUCUCUUCCACAAAUCUGUCAUCAUACCUAUCGAGUGAACACACAAACUGUUUUAGUUCCUGGAACAAUACGUACGAGCGUUUCUCUCUCCAAUUUGGAAGGGAGGUGUUGGCUGAUCCUCUCGUUCUGAAUCUGCCCAAUCAGAUCAACUGGAAGUUGUGUCUUGCGACGAAGGACGAGAAGACGAAAGUUGCUCUAGAAAUGAGGAAGAACUUUGAAUCAUGAUUUCACAACUUACAACUGACAACGAUGAUCAAGUUUAUUUUCACUUUCACUUUUGUAUAAUUGACGUUUUGUGUUUGUUG